GCUGCCGCGGCGGCUGCGGGGAGCUGGCCGGCUGCUGCUGAUGGAGAAGUGAUGCUCGCUGCCGGGACCCGGGCGGCAGCAGCGGCAGGACCAGGACCAGGACCAGGACCAGCUGUGGGAGCCCAGCUGAACCCUACGUGCCGCCAGCUGGGCGAAGAUAGCAAAGCCAGCUGGUUUAUCAAUAUGCAACCAGCACUUGUUCAAUAUGAGGUGGAGAAGAUGAGAUGAAUAAUGGCACAGAAUGAAGAAUUAUGAAAUUAUGGGCAUGGCACAGCUAAGCAAAGAAGAACAAUUAAUGAAGAGAGAAAAACGAAACAUUGUCUAAGUCAGAUCAUGCACUUCAGAAUAAUACCAUAAAGGAUCAUCAGUUAUUGAUUACUGUUUGGGGACCUUACAUAGAUUCCACUCCUUGCUGCUUUUUUAUAAGAGAGAAAUGAAAAUUUCAAGAAAUAGAAGCUGCUACUAUACAAAGAAAGAAAAAAAAAAAGCCUCUUCAGGGUUAAUAUCCUCCAUCUGAGAUCCAUGAACAAUUACACAGUUAUUUUUCUAUAUCGAACUUUAAGGUUUGUUAAUAAUAUGCUGCCUUUGCGGGACACAGAGAUGCUAAUGGUAAGAAGGCUAUUUAUUCACUAUACUGAAUAGAGGAGCUACAGAAACAAUGGCUUCAAAGGUCUCAUGUUUAUAUGUUCUGACAGUAGUUUGUUGGGCAAGUGCUCUUUGGUAUUUAAGUAUAACUCGUCCUACUUCUUCCUAUACUGGCCACAGACACUUCAAUACCAUAUCGAUAGCCAGGAAAAAUGUCUCCUUUGGUAAUAUAAGAACUCGACCUAUAAAUCCACAUUCAUUUGAUUUCCUUAUAAAUGAGCCUAAUAAGUGUGAGGAAAGCAUCCCUUUCCUAGUCAUUUUGAUCAGCACGACUCACAAAGAAUUUGAUGCAAGACAAGCAAUUCGAGAGACUUGGGGAGACGAAAACAACUUUAAAGGCAUUAAAAUUGCCACUCUCUUCCUUCUUGGGAAGAAUGCAGAUCCCGUAUUAAAUCAGAUGGUAGAGCAAGAAAGUCAAAUUUUUCACGACAUUAUCGUUGAGGACUUCAUUGACUCUUAUCAUAACCUUACUCUUAAAACGUUAAUGGGUAUGAGGUGGGUGGCCACAUUUUGUUCAAAAGCAAAGUAUGUUAUGAAGACAGACAGUGAUAUUUUUGUAAAUAUGGAUAACCUUAUUUAUAAACUGCUCAAACCCAAUACCAAGCCAAGGAGAAGGUACUUUACUGGUUAUGUCAUCAAUGGAGGACCAAUAAGGGAUGUCCGCAGUAAAUGGUACAUGCCCAGAGAUUUGUACCCUGACAGCAAUUAUCCACCAUUCUGUUCAGGCACUGGCUACAUUUUUUCAGCUGAUGUAGCAGAACUGAUUUACAAAACCUCCCUCCAUACCAGACUUCUUCAUCUGGAAGAUGUGUACGUGGGACUCUGUCUUCGGAAGCUUGGCAUUCACCCUUUCCAAAACAGUGGCUUCAAUCACUGGAAGAUGGCCUACAGCUUGUGUAGAUAUCGCAGAGUGAUCACAGUGCAUCAGAUAACUCCAGAAGAAAUGCACAGAAUUUGGAAUGACAUGUCAAGCAAGAAGCAUCUCAGAUGUUAAGAUUUUUACAGAUGUAAAUUUUUUUUUUUAUUAUUUGGGCAGAAAGGAAUCGGAUAAUUUAUAAAAAUUAACUUUGAGGAGGGUUUUAAUAACUGAUUUUGCAUUCUUGUCUUGACUCCUGGUUUGCACUCUUCAGACUCUAUUCAUAAAAGACUUUACGCAACUUAAAGGGGCCAGAGUCAAAUCUCAGAGUCAUUGCUCCCUAUAACAACAUUUUAAAAAAAAUCAGCUCUUGCACCUGUAUGUAUAAGAACAGUAGUAGCUAACCAGAGCUGCAUAACAAUUCAUGCCCCUAAAUCUGAGAUGAAAGUCUGGCCCUAAAAAAUGAAGAAUCAUGUUAACAUCUUUAUCUCAUGCUCACAAGCUAUAAGUGUCUUUUUUUAGGGCUCUAUUCAUAAAUAUACACACAAAUAUAAAAAAUACUAAGUGUGUGCAUUUACAGCUUGAGUGCUAUCUUUGCACUGAUUUUAUACACCUGUAUUGGCACGUACAUGUUACUGUACAGUAUGUGCAGUUUAAAAAUCAGUUUAUUGCUGGCAGAAAGGCAGAAUUUAAACAAGUGUGAAUAUAACAUUGAAAAUCAAAAUACUGUAGGUCUUAGAAACAUUUACCUGCCCAAAGAUAAAACACAAGCCCCCAAAAGGUGCAUUUAUGUAGAUUUAAUAAAACCACACAAUUCCCCCUGACUAAAAGAGCCCUAUCUAAUAUAAUCUUAGAAUGAAAUAUAAUUUGUGUGUGAAAUACAAGACAAAGAAAAUGCGUGCAACAAAAACUAAAAAUCAGAUCAAAUGUGUAUUCAGGAUAAAGGUACUUAACGUACUUUAACAUUUUCUUUUUAAAACAAGUGCAGCAUAUCUCCUUAGUACUACUUAGGACUUGUAGAGAUAUAUAUGCACUAACAGCAAUACUAUUUUGGUACAGUAUUAUUGGACUAGACAGUAUUAUCACCAAUGGAAUUUUCAUAAAUUAUAGUGUCUGCCAUAGCAAAUAUGUAAUUUUAUUGAAUAAUGGAAAAUAUCAGUAAAACAAUCCUUUCUUACUGUCUUACUGACUAGAAGCAAGUUUACCAUCUCCACAUCACUCAGUAUAUCAUUAAAAUUAAACACAACAUAUGGUACUUAAAGCAUUUUGCUUUCUUAGAGGUAAAUUCUGCUUUUUACUGCAGUGCACCCAUUACAGAAAAUGUAAUUACUCAAGUGUACCAGUGUAGCAGAGAAGAAUUUGGACAACACAAAAAAGACUUAGACAAUUCCUUCUUGGGCAACAGAAGGAAAGUAUAAUAGCAGUUAUGUGGAUCUCUCAAGGGGAGAAUAGAUCCUCACAGCAAAAUCAAGAAUAUUUAGAAGCAACAUGUACAUAAGCCAAAUUGUAGUCUUUGUUUCAUACGUGGAGCUACCAGUGAAGUCAUUAUUAAACCAAGAAGUCACUGAUGCCCAAUUCAGGAAAGCAUCUCAACUCAGGACAGCUCUUAAGCACACACUUAACUUUAAGUAUGAGAUUGAAGUCAA